GCUGCGCAUGCUCAGUGCAUCAGGCGUGUAAGUCAAGAUGGAGGUUUCUGUCGUCGCUCCGACUCUCAGCUUGUCCUCUUUCUGCGUGUUCCCGUCCGGAUCCGCGGUCUCAGAUGUUCUGGAGCGGUUCGUCCCGCAGCAGGACUUCUACGUGACCAGGAAUGGUCGCCUGUCGCCGCUGGACCAGCGCCUGCAGCAUGGCGCCAUCUAUCACCUGGAGCCUCGCCUCUGUGGAGGGAAGGGAGGCUUCGGCUCCAUGCUGCGAGCUCUGGGCGCUCAGAUCGAGAAGACGACGAACCGCGAAGCCUGCAGGGACCUGAGUGGCCGCCGCCUCCGAGAUGUCAACCACGAGAAAGAGAUGGCAGAGUGGCUGAAGAAGCAGGCGGAGCGCGAGGCGGAGAAGGAGCAGCGGCGUCUGGAGCGUCUGCAGAGGAAACUGGCCGAGCCCAAACACCAGUUCUCCGACCCACAGUACCAGAAGCAGUGUCACGACCUGAGCGAGAGGCUGGAGGACUCGGUACUCAAAGGUCUGCAAGCGUCCUCCAGCGCUCAGGUGAUGCCAGAUGAAGUCUCUGCUGCCAAGAGGCCAAACCCGGGCGAGAGCAAGGAGCCACUGAAGAAGAAGAAGAAGAAAAAAGAGGAGGAGGGUGUGGCGAUGGGCAGUUUCUGGACAGGGUUGGGCGAUCUGGACGAACUCCUGAGCUCAGAGGACGAAGAUGAAGAUGGAGAGUUGUCGUCUCCAUCCACGUCUUCGAGCAGCUGCAGAGGAGCUGGUGUUGCCAUGACGAGAAGGGGAGAGGAGGCGGGGCCAGAACUGGGCGGCAGCUCCUCUGACUGCAGUUCAUCCUCCACUGGUCCAGCUGUCAGACCCUCGGUCGGCAAGAAGCAUCCAGAAACCUCUUCACAUUCAACCAAGAGCCCUUCAGAGGACCAGAAACCAGCAGAACCCGUCUCAGAAACGCCUGUCAUCCCUUCAAAGGUCCAGAAAUCACCAGAACCGGUUUCAAACACACCUGUCAAGCCUUCAGAGGACCAGAAACCAGCAGAACCGGUCUCAGACACCCCUGUCAGAGCUCCGAAGGUCCAGACGCCUCCAGAACCGGUCUCAGAAAAUUCUGUCAAAGCUCCAAAGGUCCAGACGCCUCCAGAACCGGUCUCAAACACGACUGUCAUGCCUUCAAAGGACCAGAAACCCCCAGAGUCCAGUGGUUCAUCUGAGCAGCUGGAUCUGACCUCGCUGACGUCCGUCCAGCAGCUGGAGGUCCUGGGUCUGGACGCCCUGAAGGAGCAGCUCAUGCUGCGGGGGUUGAAGUGUGGAGGAACUCUGCCGGAGCGCGCAGCGCGACUCUUCUCCGUCAGAGGACUGACGGCCGCCCAGAUCGACCCGGCGCUGCUCGCCAAACCAGCCAAAGGCAGGAGGAAGUGAGGAGCCAGAGAGCCGCCCUCUUCAGAGGCAGCGUUGACCAAAGCUCGUUUUGUUUUGAUCAGUUUGUUUUUAGUUUUGCAUUAAAUGUUUUGUAAGCAGAAGUGUGCGUGCACCCGUUAGUGAUCAAUAAAUGAUCAAUAAAACCAUUGACCCGUCACCUUUUUAUUAAAACGUCCCUCAAACAAA